AUGAUUAGAUCAACAAUAGCUAAGAGUUUCCAUAGAUUUCUCACUACUAACACCCCAGCACCAGCAGCACCUCCUCCACCUUCACAUUUCUCAAACCCUAAAGAAAUACCCGAGCCAUUUGGUGCUGGAACCGACACCAAUGCUGUUUAUCAACAACAACAACAACAGCAGGCAACACCAGUACCAAAUACAAAACCGACCCAAGAUGGUUCAAUAAAAGAAAUAACGGCGUUAAUAGCAAUGUUUGCUCUUGCAUAUAUUGCCAUUGACAAUUAUACUGAACGAAUAAGACUAGAAAAACUUCAUAAUGAAACCAGUGCCAUUAAUUUAAAAGCAUUACAGAUUCAACAAUUAAAUCAUCAACGAGAAAAGAAACAAAAAGAUUUAACAUUAUUACAAGAACGACGAGAGAUUGCUAAACGAGAUUUCAAAAUGAGUUUACAUAUUGCAAUGUUACGGAAACAAUUAAUGGAUUUAGGAGUCUCACCAAUAGAAUUAGAUUUAGCGAUUAAAGAAUUUGAAAAAAAUGUUAAAUUAGAUAAUUCAAUAAAAAAUGUCACUGGUCAAUAUUUAUGGUUAGAUGAUUCUUCAGAUCUUAAACAAUAUCUUCCGGACCCAAUGGAAUAUGAUAAAGCAAGAAAAAACAAAUAA